AGAGCUUUCUCCAGAAUAAAUAGAUAUUAUAGAAUAGAUAUUAUUAUAUCAGAUAUUUAAAAUAUACGAUUUUAAGUUGAGUGAGUGGGGCAAUCUGAAGCUGCUGAGAAAAGUAAACAGUGUUUACAUUCUAGUCAUACUUCAACGAUUGAAAUUGUUCCGGUUUCAAAAUCUAUUUGAAAUGGAAGUGAAUUACUCUGAAAGCAGAAAAAUGUGCAAAUUAUGCAAAGCACCAGUGUGUGAGAAAAAAAAGUACAAAAGACAUUAUAGUAACUUCCAUGACCCAUCAAAUCCGGAGUUAUGUGAUAUUGAAGACUGCAAUUGUCGGUUCAAAAAUAAACACUCAUUGUCUUACCAUAAAACACAUGACCACAAACAACCUGAGGCAAAUGCAACCCUCCCAGAUGGAGAAAAAAUGAUAUGGGUGGAGAAAGUGGUAGCUGUGCACGACAACAGUUUUGUUGGUGUGUAUGUUGGAGAGUCAAAGUACUACUAUGCGACAAAAGCAGCCAGUCACAGAGACAAGGAAGGAUCGGAAUGCAUAAUCUCAAAGUAUUUUUUAUCUGAGGGUUUGUGUCGGGCCGAUCACACAAGUGCAAUUAAGCUGUUCACGGUACAGUACAAUCGAAGAGAAGGUCAAACUGAUGCAGAGUUUAGAAAGCAAGCAGAUAUUGUCAGUGUAGGUUACAAAAUGUAUGCCAGGCAGCACUUCUACAACUGUAUAUAUUCAAAUUAUGGGUCUAAAUACGUUUUAUCCAAAGAUGAGAAGCAAAGUGUCCGCGAAGCGUUACAAAAGUCUUCCUUUGCUCAAUACUACUCGGAAAAAUUACAGCAAGCAUUGACUUAUGAAAAUUGGAAGGAGUCUGUUAAAGGACAACAGGCCGUUGUCGCUAAAAGAGGAACGCUUCCUGCUACCGUAACUUCGGAGGACAAUUUGCUACCUGUGAAAAAACCACGUUUGUCAGAGGAAAACCCACCGCACAAUGUUGUCCAAAUGAUCAAAGAGGCCAGUCAGCAGUAUGGGAGGCAAGCUCUAAGGGAAAUACUCGACAAAUUUAGUCAAGAAGAGAAGAAGAAAUUGAUCUAAUGUCCUCCCGUCGUCAAGCAAUUACAACAUCCUAAUGUACACUUUCAGAACUUCCACUACUACUUAGAAAUUAGGAUAGUUUCUUUUCAUACCUUUCUCCAGCCUUAAUUGCGUCCCCUUUCUUGCUAUGAACCCAGCAAGAAGCUCUGUCUCCGACUCGAGGAUUUUACUCUGCUCACCCACCCUCGACUUUCUCCGCAGGGAGGACCAUGACUUGAAAAUUAAGCUGGAAAUCACAAAACAAAAUUAGUAUUUCAGUCAUAGGUAUUAACGAAGACUCGAACAAACUACAUUGCUAAACAAUUUAAAUCAACUAUUUAAACUACCGAAAACGAUUUAUCUGAAAAUCCCUUUGUCUUAUUUUUUAUAUAUUUAUCAUAUCUUAAAUUUUCCAACGUGUGACCUUACCUUCGAGUAUGUGCCGAGGUGACCAGAGUGGUAACGAAUGGAGGUGGGUUAAGUUUUUCCACCCUGUUGUAAUUAUCGUAAGCCAUACUGUCCUCCCUAAUACAAUGAUCACUUGUGUAAAAAUAUGUAUAUAAAUAUAUUGCACUACAUAAUAAAUAAUAGCAAUGAUUUGUUCAAGUAUGAAAUUUACUCACAAAUAAACAACAAUUAACAAACA